AUGAGCGCCAGGAGGAAUAGAAACUGUCCGGCUCUCCAGUGCCUUCCAGGUGAAUACGUCCAAGAAGAGGCCGCCCACGUGAGGAAGUGUGUCCCACCCCGAGAUGGUGGCGGAUUCAUCCCCGGCAGCCUCUACUGCACCAAUCUCAGAGUGGCUUUCUUACCAGACCUCUCCGCAAACACGGCGGACUGCUCUGGCCCUUUGUUCAUGCGCAGUGGUUGCGAUGUGGCCCUGUCUUGCAUCGGAAGGCUAGUGGCUGUCAACAGCUUUGCAAAAGCCAAGGUGCUGAGCAGUACCUCCAGCCUGAAGUUCAUCCCAGAGGAGCUAAUCAUCUACUGCAGGGAUUUCCGGGUGCUGAGAUUUCGUUUUCAUGAGAGCGGUUUGGAACCUCAGGCCUUCCGGGUGACCAUGGCCAUCGUCCAGGCCCGGGAGAGCAGCAGCAGAGACAACACCUUUGAACUGGCACCUCUGAGGAACCUGGGCCAAUGGAAGAGGGAAGAGGAAGAGUUUCCCACGCUGCUUUUUGAGACCCUCCAUGACUGGGAGAAGGAGCUGAAGCGACUCGGGACGGCUGGCUGGCGGGUCAGCCCGGUCAACGAGCGCUUCGAUAUGGCCACCAGCCUUCCAAAGUACCUGUGGGUCCCCAAAGGGUUUCUGGACAACGAGCUGAAGAAAGCGUUUGUGCACUUCAAUGGACGGCGCAUCCCAAGGCUGUGCUGGCAUCACCCCGGGGGCAGUGACCUUCUUCGAGCUGCCAGUUUCCAUGCCGAUUCAGACCCAGAGAAGGAAGACAUGAGGUCCGUAGAAACCCUGAUGCUUGCAGGACACUCUCAGUGUGUGAUCGUGGAGACGGCGGCCGACUUGCCCAGCCCGGCCGAGAUCCAGCAGGCCCACCUCAAACUGUGGGGCUUGAGCCUCUGCCUUGCGGAUUCCUUUGUGGCUCCAUCUGAUGAGAAAUGGCUCUCCGGCCUGGAAGGCACACGGUGGCUGGACUACGUGAGGGCAUGUCUGAGGAAGGCCGGUGAAGUGGCCGUCCUGCUAGCCGAGAGGAGUCGAUCGGUCAUUCUACAAGAAACAGAUGACAGGGAUUUGAAUUGUUUGCUGGCCUCCCUGGUACAGGUUAUUUCGGAUCCGUACACAAGGACCAUCUCUGGGUUCCAGAGCCUGGUACAGAGGGAGUGGGUGGCCGCCGGACACGCCUUCCAGCAGCGCCUCAACCUGUGGCAGAAAAAUGACCGGGACGAGUCACCCGUGUUCCUGCUUUUUCUGGACUGCGUCUGGCAGCUGCUGCGGCAAUUCCCGCCAUCCUUCGAGUUCACGGAGGCCUACCUGGUGGCCCUGCAUGACAGCACCUGCGUCCCCUUUUUCAACACCUUCCUCUUCAAUUGCCAGUGGGAAAGAGGGCGGAACAAUCAGCACCGUUUUCUCAAUCAACUUUACACGCCUUUAAACGGCUGGCGAGAAACCCUGUGCCUGGAAAUCCUACCGAAGGACGGCUACCCUGCCAAGGAAGCGGGGGGUGCCUCUUUGCCCAGUAUCUGGGACUGGGGCCUGAGAUACAGCCUCCAGCAGAGAGCUCAGUUCUGGAACCCCGGCUACCAGUACAGCAGCAACAGCAACGGACCUGUCCGGAAUGGGAACUUCCUUCCCCAAACCAGUAACAAGGUGGAAAACCUUCUUCCUGGGAAUGGCGCUGUAUUCUUGUUCUCCAAGGGCUGCUUGUCUUUGCAAACGCAACUCUUUCCUUGGAAGAAUGGCUCCCUUUCGAAAAAAGUGUCCCGGUGGGCUCAGCUGUCGGAAGGCCCUGGGGAACAGGACAAGCCCCUGCGAGGCAAAUCCAGCCUCCGCCGCCUUCACCCCAAGGGACUGCUCCUUCUCCCGUUGCAUGCAGGGCCUUUUAUCCAGUUAUGGAAAAGAUGUUACCUUCGGGAGAACCCAGAGGUUCAGGUCGGUCUCUUCGCUUCCUCCAUAGCUGGCCUCACGGAGGAAUUGCAUCUUCUUCAAGAGCGACUGAGCAACUGGCAGGCGAGAGAGAGAGAGCUACAGCCCAGCCGUUGA